AUGAAGAAAUCUCUUGUAACCUUUCUGGUCGUGACUCUUUUGACUUCUUUGGUUGCGACGCUUGAUGAUAUCGUGGUCACGUCUCCCACUACGGAUCAAAAAAUCGGUAGUACGGUGGACGUGAAAUGGGAUACUUCGCAAAUUCCCAAAGGCCUCAAAACCACCGAUAACGUUAGUGUCCGUAUCAGAUGCGGCAAGAGACAGUUUCCGCCAAAAGCUGUUAGAAGAGAGCCCUUUACGGUCGGAAUAAAGGCGGUUGAUCUUUCUGAUGAUCCUGAUCUUAUUGGCGUUACCUGCAAAGCAAGCGUCUGGGAUGAAGACAACGAUAACAUUACAGGAUAUUCGGAACCAUUCAAGUUAAUUGAAUGA